CGUUCCGCUGGAAGGAGCCGGGCAGCGAUGCGGGAGGAGGAGGACGACGAGGACGCCUGGCUGCUGGACUCCCUGCGGCUGUACAACGACCUCCACGUCUUUGAGCUUCACGAGCCUACCCGUGUCAUCGCGUGGACAGGAGAAAAAAGGGUCUGCAUCGCAGGGUACGGCGACGGAAGGCGGAAUGAGAUUCUCCAGCUGCUGUUGCCGCCCCGGCUGGCUGCGAAGGAGAACCAGGGAUUGUGUCCAGAAAGAGAUUUUAAGGUUGAGCAAGGGGGAUUCUCAGACCGCCCAGUCUACAGCCUGAAGCACGUCCCGGAGACCAGCUUGCUGGUGACCAGUGGCCCGCCAGACAGUUCCCUGCAGGUUUGGCACAUUGAUCAGGACGAGACGGAUGUUAUUAAGCCCGUCGGAACCAUCCCCACUGCAGGAGGAGAUGAGCCAACCUGGGCCAAAAUCGCCACGGCCUCCUCCAAGCCUGCCUGGGUACUGCACGGGGUGAAGGUCGGCAAUGUUCAGGUGACUGAGAUCGAAUCCGGGAAGACCGUCUUCAGGACAGCCUCCACCAGCCACGACGAACUGGCCACGCUGGAGUUCUUGGACCAAGCCACGGUGCUGGCCUGCAGCGCCCAGGGGCAGCUCUUCCUCGCAGACAUCAGGCAGCCGCAGGGUCUCUUGGGAGUGGCAGAGGAUGCGCCUGUUGCUUUGGCACCGGGAGGGGGGAGAUGGUGCGCGGCAGUCUGUCCCGGUCCACCGGAGUCCUUCAGGGACCACCCCCCGAUCGCUCGACUGUCGCCCUGCGAGGUAGGCUCUGACGGGACCGUCCGCAUCUACAAUACCCAGGGCUGGGGCCCGGCCCCCCAGGAAGGCAAGCCGCUCUUCGUUCACCGGGGACACCUCUUCAGCAGCACGGAAUCAGGUGGCUGCCCUGCCCUGGUGACUGCUCACACCUGGCACCCCAGCAAGCCACGGACCUUGUUAUCGGCAGCCACGGACGGGUCGCUCCACGUGUGGGACUGGGCCGAACCUUGCGGGGCCAACUAGACCCCCCCCCCUUUGCUCACCCCCACAGAUUGGUGGCUGGGGAUCGCUCCGUCUUUUGCAGCUGUUUGUGGAAACCUACCCGGGUCUUCCGAGAAGGAAGAGUGCGUGUAAAUCUAAAGAGCCGGUCCUCUCUCCCAAAACCAAUGCAGAUUUUGCAAGAGCAUAAAGAUGUGUUUUUGUGGGGUUUUUUUUUUUGGGGGGGGGGAUCCCGGUCAGAUUAUCCCAAACAAGUAUAUUGUGUGACGAACACUUUUAUUACUAACAUAUAGCUUAACACGGAGAUGAUCUCUUUCUCUUGGGUUUUUAGUUAGUGUGGGUAUCUUUUCUUUAUCCCUAGUUGUAGU